AUGCUACGCGACCGUCUUGUGUGUGGUAUGAACGAUCAUAAAUUGCAAUAUGAACUGUUAAAAAAGAAUAAACUCAGUUACAAAGACGUUGUCGAUGCGAUACUUUCGUCUGAGAGUGCGGAAAAAGACGUUCGUAUGAUCGUGAUAGGUAGCUCCGUUUCCGACGAAUCCACAUCGAGCGCGACGCCCAGCACCUUCGCGCAGGCGGCGGCGUCCACUACGCCGGAGCCCAUGGAUGUCAACGCUGUACAUUCCAAGCGCACUUCCGGCGGUACAAGCACCAGGUUGUGCUACAGAUGUGGAGAUCACCAUGGAGGAGAAUGUCGUUUCGCUAACGCAAUCUGCCGUUAUUGUAAGAAGAAAGGACAUCUGGAAAAGAUUUGCCUCGCUAAGAAAAAAGGGGGCAACAGGACCGUUAACUACACACACAUUGAUGAGGAGCAAGAUGAGUACAUCGGUGGUAUCUACAACGUGGACACGGACAAUCGCGUACCGCCGUUCGACGUGCAGGUGGCGCUAAACGGCGCGCCGCAGCGCAUGCAAGUCGACACGGGCGCCGCUUACUCGCUCCUCAACGAGCGCACGUGGCGCGCGCUGGCGCGGCCGCCGCUGAGGCAGCCGCCGAUCGCGCUGCGCACUUGGACGAGCGCGCCCCUCGAGAUGCUCGGGCAGACAACUCUUCAUGUGCAGUAUAAAGGCAUUACUCGUGAUUUAAGUGUUUUUGUCGCUAAAGGAACAGUAGUUAGUAAAGGUGGUCCUUCUAGUUACCAAGUUGAAACUACAGAUGGUUCAUUAGUAAACAGACAUAUAGAUCAAUUGAUUAAAACUACAGCAGAGGACUCAACUGUAACUGACAGAGUGUUGCCUGAAGAUGAAGUGAUAAGGGGAGAAGGUACAACAGAUGAAGAUAAUAAUGAUAAGUGUACAGAGAUGGAGAGUACCAGUGAUGCUGAUUAG